GGGGACAGCGAGUGGGAGCGAGAUGAGGGCGGCGGGAAUGGAGGGGGGGUAUUCGCCGUCGCUGUCGGUGGGGCAAACAAGCUUGGAGUCGACGUCGGAGGAAGAGAACAGGGCGAUGGAAGGAGCGGUGCUGGGGCGACUGCAGGAGACGUUAAAUCGUUGCAAGUGGAGACGAAGCUGUGCAUCCGGGACGCACUGUACAGAUUAGCGAGGAGCGCAAUGCGGAGGAAAGGUCCGGGCGGGUGGGAUGGCGAGGGGGAAUGUGAGAGCGGCCUGGUGUCGGAGAGCGGGGACGGGGCAUCGGAUGGCGUGGAGAGCUCGGGGAACAGCGACCCGUGCUCAUCGAGCAGGGUGUCGAGGAUGAGCAUGAACACGGAUGAGACGGAAACGAAUCCGAUGGACCGCACGGUAGCGCACUUACUGUUCCACGAAGGUGCGCAAGAGGAGCAGGCCGGAGGGAUGGGUUUUGGGGGAGCAGAGUGCAGUAUGGCAGAUGCGCAGAACAGUGGAGCGCCACUGCAGGGAGGGAGUGCAGGGGCGGGGAGGUGGGGUACGGACGCAGCGGAUGGGCAUGGAGCGAUGUCGGCAGGGGCAAUGCAAGGGGUGGAGAUGGGUGGAGCGGCGUCGAUUUGUGUGCCGAUGGGGAUGGUGACAGGCGGGAGUCCGAUGGCGAGGUUGGAGGGCGAGUCGGGGAUGCGUGGGUCGGCUAUGGUGAGCGGGGGCGGUGGAGGGGCGAGCAUCGGGGUGGAGGGGACAGGAAUGUCGAACAGUGAGGUGUCGUACCCGAUGGGAACACAUUGUGGGAAUGGUGGAGGAGCGGGUGAGGAAAGGACACAGAAGACGAUUGGGGGGUGUGGGAACGGUGUGAUUAAAGAGCGGCUAGAGCAUGCGCUGGGUUUGAAGGAGCUAAGUCAGUUGCUUUUGGCAGGACUGGAUGCAGAUGCGGGAUCUUUCUGUAAUUAAGAAGUUGAUGCCAUGUUAUUUUGCGUUCUUGAAGAUUCCCGUUCUUUACGCAGUGAUUUGUCGAUGAGAAGUCGUUGAAGGUUAUUGUCUAGUAGUCUUUUAUUUUUUUUAUAUAUUUUUAGGAGUUAAGCACAUUACUUUCAGAGGCUUCCGUUCUUGAAACCUGGACGUGGAGGCGAUGUUUUAUGUCGCUGUGGUUGUAUCAUAAUGCUUUUUCACCUUCUUUUGAGUUUGGUA